CGGCAGCCCGCGCGAGAGCCGGAGCACCGCCGGAGGAGCUCGGCCGGCAUGCUGAGCCCCCUCCUCGGCUGAAGCCCGAGCGCGGAGAAGCCCGGGCGAGCGCCGGCUCCGGAGGCGAAAGCGGCGGAGGCGCGAGACCCAGCGGGCAAGCGGCGGCGGAGCAGGAGGAGGAGGCGAACGCGGAGAGGGGCCGCGAAAGAAGUGGUGGUGGUGGGCGUCGUGGCCAUGGCGGCGGCUAUCGCCAGCUCGCUCAUCCGGCAGAAGCGACAAGCCCGGGAGCGCGAGAAAUCGAACGCCUGCAAGUGUGUUAGCAGCCCCAGUAAAGGCAAGACCAGCUGCGACAAAAACAAGUUAAACGUCUUUUCCCGGGUCAAACUCUUCGGCUCCAAGAAGAGGCGCAGAAGGAGACCAGAGCCUCAGCUUAAGGGUAUAGUUACCAAACUAUACAGCCGACAAGGUUACCACUUGCAGCUGCAGGCAGAUGGAACCAUUGAUGGCACGAAAGAUGAGGACAGCACUUACACUCUGUUUAACCUCAUCCCUGUGGGUCUUCGAGUGGUGGCUAUUCAAGGAGUUCAAACCAAGCUGUAUUUGGCAAUGAACAGCGAGGGAUACCUGUACACCUCGGAAGCUGCCGUAAACAGAGCUGCUUUUCCAGAAACCAUGAGGAGUCAAAAGUUCAUGGGGGACCCUUGGUAUAAAUGUGCUCUUUCUGAAAAGGAGGAUCCCAUUUGA